AUGGCCUUUCGUGGCAUGGGGAAUGGAGUGAUUGGACCAAUAGAACCAAAAGCAUCGAAUGGUCAUAGGUUCAUCCUGGUGGCCAUUGAUUAUUUUACAAAGUGGGUGAUAGCAGUAACUUUCAAGUCAGUGACCAAGAAGGUUAUGGUGGAUUUCAUUCAUUUCAAUAUCAUCUAUCGAUUCGGUAUUCCAACGGUAAUUGUUACCGAUAAUGCUGCAAAUCUCAACAGUCGUUUAAUGCAAGAGGUAUGCCAUCAAUUUAAGAUUGAACAUCGAAAUUCAACUCCGUAUCGCCCAAAAGCAAAUGGGGAUGUAGAAGUUGCUAACAAAAAUAUAAAAAAGAUACUUUGUAAAAUGGUGCAAGUUAUACCUGCAGAAGUUGAGAUUCCAUCCCUAUGGAUUGUUGUGGAGGCUGAAAUUGAUGAUGAUGAGUGGAUCAGAACACGGUUGGAUCAAUUAACUUUGAUUGAUGAGAAGCGAUUGACAUCAGUAUCCCAUGGACAAUUGUAUCAGAAAAGAAUGACACGAGCAUACAACAAAAAGGUGCGUCUCAGAUGUUUCGAAGAGGGUCAAUUAGUAUUGAGGCACAUUCUGCCACACCAGGCCGAAGUCAAAGGCAAAUUUUCUCCAAAUUGGAAAGGACCAUUCAUUGUAAAGAAGGUAUUAUCCAAUGGUGCUCUUUAG